AUGCCACAAUACUCAUCCGUUAAAAGUUCCUCCAACAACAGCGAUUACUCUGCGUCUGACACAGACCAUGGUGUAGAGCUGGAUACAGAUCUGACAGACGUAGACGAAUUUGCCGACAAAAUCGAAAAGAAUGAAGCAUGGGUAUUCCCCGACGACGAUCAUCCGCCUGAAUACUACCUUCAACAACUGGAGAAUUUCAACGAACAAGAAUACGUCAAAGAAGACUAUAAGGAAAGCAGUACUCGCUUGCUCAAUCGUAUGGAAGAUCAGUGGAACCAACUAUUAUCGUGCUUACGCAACCGUAUCGGAACGUACUGGAAGGUUUUCCGGCUUGUGUAUGAAAGAGCAACUGGUGUGAAACUAGACGGAAAGAUGAAUCGGAGCAUGCACAAGGUACUAAGGAAGCUGGCGAAGAAACACGAUCUAAAGAAGAUCGGUCGAGAUAAAGCCUGCAUGUAUGUCGAGGAUCUGGCUCAAGUUCUGCAAACGAAUCUAGUAACAACCGAAAAGAGAUAUCCUCACGGUCGCUAUAGGAUACAAGCCCAGCUCUAUCUACAACUUGGUGGGUUUACAGCGAACCGGCCCCAGGCUCUCCUCAGUCUCUGUUAUCGCCAUAUACAAGUUACACUUCUACGUGAUCCUGAGGGUGGCCCUCAUCGAGUGCUUCUGGAGUUCACUUUUGAAUUUACAAAGGAGUUUCUUGGUAUCAAAGACCUGAACACCUUCCCCCUUCCUGAGAUUAUGUUCGAUCAGACGCUCCUCUUCAGUCCUCACGUCUUCCUCCUUGGCCUGCUCUUCCGCGAUCGGGCGUUUGCAGCCUAUAAUCUAACCUCGCCAGAGGAAUUGAGCAGACUCAAGAUUCCGCCAGGCCGCAAUGAGCUCCCAUUACGCCUGAAUCGGACGUUGGACAAUGUUCCGGUGUUUCGAAAAGCGGUGCAGACUCUGAAUGGUUGGGAUGUCUCCCCUACCGAACCCCUCCCCUACUCCACCCUACUUCCAUGGAUCCGGACUUUGGGUGAGAUCACGGGAUUUGCUCAAGUCACCCGUCCUUAUUCGCUGAGAUACGCUGGAGGGAAGGCGUUCAACGAAAACGUCUUAACGCACCGUGUAGGUAAUGUUAGUGAGGCUAUGCAGAACCUGAUGAUGGGUCAUGCCAGCAUCGCGACAUUUCUGAAGCAUUACCUUUCGCGACGUAUUACAGUUGAUACGCAGGCUGUUGUAAGAGGCAUCCAGCCACAAGCAGCC